UUAAUGCCCAUCACAUGAUGAGCCCUAAGGCUUUAAUUUAAUGAGAGGGGAGGUGGCCAAGAGAGGAAAAAUUAUACCCAGUUCGACUCUGAAGAAGUUUCUAGGAGCAGCAAAUUAACCUGUGCAGGUUUCGUGAUCUCAGAGUCCAGUUAUAUCUCCUACGCUACAAUGAAGUGGGCUUUCCUCCUUAUCUCCCUUGGAUACCUGUUGAUCGCUGAUGGAGUCUUACCUGCUGUGGCCACCAAACAGUUUCAAGAUGUGAUGACUCGAGGAAGAGCAUUUUCUCACAACAGAUACCACGGGAGGCUAAAGGACUGGUCUUCUGACCACAACAAAUGGAAUGACAAAUUAUAUCCUCAUUGGGAAGAAGGAGACCCUCGAUGGAACAACUGCUGGAAAGGAGGAAAAGUAGUGGCCAGUUUGACCAGUGACAGUCCAGCUCUGGUGGGAUCCAAUGUGACCUUUAGUGUGACCCUGAAGUUUCCUCGGUGUCAAAGAGAAGAUAAUGACAGCAAUAUAGUAUAUGACAGAAAAUGCUUAAAUGGUUCUUCAAACUAUACAGAGGGCCUUCCUGACCAGUAUGUUUACAAUUGGACUGAAUGGAUUGAUAAUUGUGGCUGGGGAAAUUGCACACAUAACAAUAGUCACAAUGUGUUCCCAGAUGGGAAACCUUUCCCUUACCAUCAUGACUGGAGGAGAAGAAACUUCAUCUAUGUAUUUCAUACUCUUGGCCAGUAUUUCCAAAAAACAGGAGGAUCCUCAGCUAUUGUGUCCAUCAACACAACAAAUAUCACUCUUGGGAAGCAAAUGAUGGAGGUGUCCAUUUACAGAAGAGGCUAUCGAUCAUAUGUACCAGUGACUGCAGCAAGCAUUAUUUAUGUGGUAACGGAUAAAAUCCCCUUGUAUGUGAACAUGACCCAGAAGAACGACCGCAAUGUCUCUGACCAUAUCUUCAUCAAAGAUAUCCCUAUUACAUUUGAGGUCAAGGUUCAUGAUCCCAGCCACUACCUCAACAGCUCCAAUGUUUCCUACCAAUGGAAUUAUGGAGAUGGCAGUGGUUUGUUUGUUUCCAACAAUUCGGUUUCAACACACACCUAUAAACUCCAGGGAAAUUUCAGCCCCGAACUGCUUGUCCAGGCGUUUAUACCUGCACCUUGUGGACCAGUAACACCUUCACCACUACCUACCACCCCAGCAAUGACAACUCAGCUGCCACCUAAUAUGACAACUCCCACCUCCUACAGCUUAACAGAUCUACCACCUGUUGAAGGAUGUCAUAUUUCUAGAACUGGACCUUAUACAACUUCACUUUCCAUUGUAGAGGGGAUCCUUGGCAUAAAUAUUAUCCAAAUGACAAGUAUCCAAGUGGCAGCCACUGAAGUGGAGAAUUCCAUGGUGGAUUUCGUCGUAACCUGUCAAGGGAGUCUUCCUACAGAUGCCUGCACCAUGAUUGCUGACCCCACAUGCCAGGUAUUACAGAGCGAAGCAUGCAAUCCUGUGGAUGUCGCUGAUGAGUGCCUGCUGACCAUUAGAAGAACUUUCAAUGAAUCUGGAACUUAUUGUGUGAACAUAACACUGGGCGAUGCUACAAGUCUGGCUCUCACAAGUACUCUCGUAUCCAUCGGUGGAGCUGGAGGGUCAUUUUCAAGAACAGCAGAAGGAGUUUUGAUUGCUUGUGGUUUCCUUGUGGUGUUUGCUGUUUGCUUGACUUUCUUCCUUUACAAGAGGUAUAAAGAAUACAAACCUAUUGAAAAGGGGAAAGAACAGGAAGCACCGAGCGAAGGACUGAAGGUUUACUUCAACAAUGUCAAGGCUGUCCUCUUCCCAGCCAACAACGAGAAAGAUCCUUUGCUGAAAAGCAAGACCGGAAUCGUCUAACUCUUUAGUAUAGUCUCGUAUUUGCAUACAUUUGGGGCUUUGCAUUGAACUGUACUUAAAUUAAAGAAUGCUUAAUUGUUAAGAUAAGGGGAUAGACAGCAAUCUCGCUCCACACACAGGAUAAUGGUUUGAUUCACUUGUAAAAACGUGGAGAUAUAAAGCAUGUACUGUCUUGGAUAUGCAAUAGUAUAUUAGCUAAUAAACCAUUUACGAUGGGUA